GUUAGUGACUAUUGUUAUGUUGGCAACAUUAGUCAAGUAAUAAGACCACGAGGUCAACAAAAACAAAGUCCUCCAACAGUGCCGAAUAUAAUUAAAAGAAGAAUAAUAAUUAAAAUUUUAACUAUAAUAUUAUAAUUUGUUCAGACAUGGCAGAAAUUCCCUUGAGUGUGGCUGAAAAGACUUUUAUUCUUCAUGGAGUAGACUCGGACUCGAGAAUAGACGGCCGAUCACGAUUAGAAUAUCGAGUGUUAGAAAUAGAAUCAAAGCUAAUGGAACAAGUAAAUGGUUCUGCUCGAGUUCGUUUAGGAAAUAGUGACAUUCUAGUUGGAGUAAAAAUGGAAAUUGAUACACCGUUUCCCGACAGACCCUUUGAGGGAAAAAUAGAAUUUUUCGUCGAUUGCUCUGCAAACGCAACGCCAGAUUUCGAAGGAAAGGGAGGAGACGAUUUAGCAAACGAAAUAAGCAGUGCUUUAUCGCGAGCUUAUCAAUCGCCACAAACUUUUGACUUACGUUUCCUCUCUAUUUUGCCGCACAAAAAAUGUUGGAAAAUGUUUGUCGACGUUUUGAUUCUUCAAUGUGGAGGAAAUUUAUUUGACGUUGUCGGCGUUGCUGUAAAAGCCGCUCUAAAUUGUACAGAAAUACCAAAAGUUACUUCAGCGACAGUCGAUGGCACAGAAGCUGAUAUUCAUUUGUCUGAUGAUAUUUAUGAUUGUAUUAAAUUAGAUGUGACGAAUUUCCCUUUAUUUGUCACGGUUUGUAAGAUUGGAGAUAAUUGCAUUGUUGAUCCUACAUCGCAGGAAGAAGUGUGCAGUGCUGCGAGCAUAAUAAUGUCAGUAACGCCUAAUGGGAAAAUCACAUCUACGAUAAAAAUGGGUUAUGGAAGCCUUUUAUCAACAACGUUAGGAAAGUGCUUAGAGAUCGGAACAAAAGUUGGAAUUCAGCUCAAUGGGGCAAUUAUGUCACAAUUAAAAAGAGAAGAGAAACUUGGACCUAAGAAACAAUUUUUUGGAUUUCUUAGAUAAUAUUUGAACAUCUCUUAUUUUUUUUAUUAAUAUUAAACAUCUUUUUACAAAAAGGUAA